CUCGCCUCUCUUUUCUCAUGGAAAAUCCAAAGUGGUAAUAAAGCUGGGCAACUCGAGUUUCGCGAACAGUUAGAUCUCGCAUUGCCAAAGGCUAUCAUUCGAUUCUUACGUUUAUUUCUUUCGUUCCAUCGAGAGCAUGCUGUGCGCGAAAAAUAUCUUCGAAAUGUAAAUGUACAAAGUCGAAACGCAUCUUUUUAUCAUGGAAAUAAUCAACGAAAUGAAUGAAAUAUGGAUCAGUUACGUAUCAUUAUUUGCCGCCCUAUGUUUUUUGAGUGUUCUAAAAUCAAACUAUGCAAUCCUACAAAAAUCUACAUUAUCAACGACUAUUUCGGAUGAUUAUAAUGAUCUUAAACAAGAGAGAAACAAAUUUCUUCAUAAUGUUCGCCAAAAACCGAACAUUAUCGUCAUUAUUGCCGAUGAUAUGGGUUGGAACGAUGUUAGCUUUCAUGGCUCCAAUCAAAUCCCGACACCUAAUAUCGAUGCGCUCGCGUAUAAUGGUGUUAUCUUGAAUAGUCACUAUGUAUCACCUCUUUGUACACCUAGUAGAGCAACAUUAUUGACAGGAAAAUAUCCAACUCGACUUGGCUUGCAACAUUCAGUUUUAUUACAUGCCGAACCAAGAGGACUUCCUUUGAAUGAAACAUUACUUCCCCAGUACUUAAAGAAGGCUGGCUAUGUAACGCAUGCCGUUGGUAAAUGGCACUUAGGAUAUUAUAAAAAAGUCUACACUCCUACCUAUCGUGGUUUCGAUACGUUCUUUGGGUAUUAUAACGGCCUUCAAGACUAUUACACGCAUAAUAGUGCCGAUUUGAGUGAACCAAACGCGUUGGAAGGUUUUGAUAUGCGACGAAAUCUCUCGAUAGCCUGGGAUACAUUAAAUAAAUAUUCAACCGAUUUAUUUACGGAGGAAUCAGUAAGACUUAUCAAUUCUCACGAUACCAAAGAUCCAAUGUUUCUUUAUCUCGCACAUUUAGCGCCACAUAGUGGAAAUUCUAAUGAUCUUUUACAAGCACCCGAUGAAGAAAUAGCAAAGUUUGGAUAUAUCAAUGAUCCAGAAAGAAGAAUUUAUGCAGCGAUGGUUUCUAAAUUGGAUCAAAGCGUAGGCGAAGUGGUUGCAGCUUUAAGAAAUCGUGGAAUGUUGGAAAAUAGUAUAAUAUUAUUUAUCAGUGAUAACGGAGCGCCAACAAUAAAAACUUUAAGUAAUCAUGGUAGCAAUUAUCCCCUUAGAGGUAUAAAAGAAACCCCUUGGGAAGGUGCUGUACGAGGAGUCGCAGCUAUUUGGAGUCCAUUCAUAAAAAAAUCAAAGAGAGUCUCAAACCAAUUAAUGUCUAUUGCCGAUUGGCUUCCAACGCUACUUUCUGCGGCAGGAUUAGACAAAAGCCAAUUAGAUAAGAUAGAUGGUUUGGAUCUCUGGGAAACUAUAGCGGGAAAUCGUACUAGUCCUCGAUCCGAAAUACUCAUUAAUAUCGAUGACAUUAGCAAUUACGCUGCCAUUCGUUAUGGAGAUUUUAAAUAUAUUACUGGUAAUACUGGUAUUAGCGAUGAAUGGCUAGGAGAGAGUGGCAAACCAAGCGAAAAAUCUGGUUUUCCACCAGCAUACGAUCCAAAUCAAAUUCUGCAAAGCAAAGUUGGUAUCGCUAUUGCUGGUGUAAUUACUGCUCAAGAGGUGAUGGAGUCGAGAAGAAGAAGAAGCGUUGGCGUUGAAGAUUAUAUUAAUAAAGAAUUCCAAAGGAUGAUGUUAACUGCAGAUCAAUUACUUGAUUUACGAAAGAAAUCAGAAAUUAAGUGCAAUAUUAAAAAAGAAGAUAUGAUAAAAUGCAAUGCUCUACUAGCACCUUGUUUAUUCAACAUCAUUAACGAUCCUUGUGAAAUGAUAAAUUUAGCUGGAUCUAAACCACAUGUUCUUGCCUCAUUGGAACGAGCUAUACUGAAGCACCGAUUUAAUAUAGUAAAUCCGAUUAAUCAAAAAUUAGAUGAUUUGGCGAAUCCAUUGCUACACAACAAUACUUGGAUCAGUUGGGGCGAUAUUGAAAAUUUAAACAAGACCAUAGAAUUAAUGAAUCAUUUACAAAACAAAAAUUCUGUUAAAUAUCCCGGUGUAUUACUGGCAGCAAUAUUUAUACUCGUUGGUAUUUUUAUCUUGGGUGUAAUAACCCUUUUUGCAUUGGCAUGUGGAAAACAAUACAAGAUAAAGAACAGAAGAGACCCUCCGAAGAAUAAAAGAAAUCUUAUUAUAGUUAAAAAUGUCAAUGAGAUCAAAAGAUACUCCAUAUCGGAUAAUGAGGACCAAAAUAAUUCUACUACGAAAGAUUUUACUAUGAAAUGACGAUUAGUUUCAAGGUACACGACUCCUAAACUCAAAACUACUAUAAAGAUUUCUUAUUGUGUUCAUAAAUCUAUGAAAACAUAGUAUACGUUUGCUCUAUAUUAUAUGAAUAAAGAGAAUAAUAUUCUUUUCCUUAGAAGAAGAUGUAAAACAAAUAGUAUUAAUUAUCCAACCGAAUUAAUUUUAUUAAAUAUAAGAAGAAAUUUUCGUGUUACCUUAAUUGAUCUUCUGAUAAUAGUCUCAACGAUAUAGACCAAAAUAUAUCGAUUAGAUGACUAUUCAAUAAUUCCGUGACUUUGAAAUUCUUACUUGUACCAAGCAAGUAAAUCGAAUUUCCGACGAGUUCACGUACAUUUUAUUCUUAUAUGUAAAUAUAUUUCUAUAUUUAAA